UCCUGUCUCCCGAUGGCGAGACUCGAUCCGCGAGUCUUCUGAGAUAAUGCAACAAAAAGAAAAUGCAACAAAUGGAAAUGUCGGCGGCUUGUGCCACAAUUUUCGGACGAUUAAAAAAGGAUAUAGAGAGUGCUGGUGGAGCUGGGAGCUGGACCGAUAAACCCCAGAGCAAAUGUUAAGGAAGCCAAAAGGAUGCGAUAUUAGUGUGUGCAAGAUAUUAACAGCAUAUUUGACAUAACAAUAUGGAGAGUGUCCUGCCAAGUAGCAGUAGCAGCAACAGGAAGCAAUUUUUCAUCUUAUGCUAGUUUUUAUUAGCCACUCAACCCCACACACUCAGCACCCAGCAUCAGUUCAAGGCAUUCAUGGCAUCCUCAUAAGGAUACACUCCUUCUCCUUAAGAUUCUUGGCUUAGCCAGGGACAUGCUUGGGCAGCUCAUAAGAAGGCAUAAAGUAUGACAGACAUUUUGGCAACACUUUGCAGACCGUUAGCAGUCCCGGCUUUUUAAAUUGUUAAUGCUAAACGACUCGAGUGGGAGUGGGAUAGUGGUGGAAAUAUACCCGGAAAGACAAAGGAGCUGUCAUAAUUCGCUGGAAAAUAUUGUCACCCCAAAAGAACUGCACUCAUAUGGAGCCAAUUUUUGUUUGGCUCCAUUUCUGGCCAAGACAUUAGUUGGUUAUUAUAUGGGAGCUCCAAUCCGGGCCUCUUCAGCUGCCCGGAAGUUUGCACCAUUUUCUAAUAAUGUAACGGAAGCAAUUAAUAAGAUGAUGAUAACAAUGCCAGAAAAUCCCAGUCACAGUCCCGUCUUAAUGAAACUCUCUCCCAACUUCAUCAUGUCUUUCCCCACAAAGUUCAACAAGGAAAUGCUGGUGGAGUUUGGAGCCGCCUUCAUGCAUUAUAUGGAGAGACACAAGCUAAUGGAGGUAAUGAGUCGCAUUUUGGCAGAGAUCGUAGUGGCCGAUGGUGUCUCCGAUGUGCGUCUUUGGAUGGGCAAGAAUAUUCGAAGGAUUGGAGUUGAUAUAUAUUCAAAGUCCUUGGAUGCUUUUCAUCGUGGAGUUCAGGGGGACUUUUACCAAAUGCCUAGGAACUUCUAUCACAGGAUUGUGAUCCAUGGCAAGCCAGGAUCGGGUCGCAAGUCCUUGGCUCAUGUGCUGGCCCAACGCUGGGAUCUACUGAUCCUAGAUGCCGAUGUCCUGAUCUAUCACAGCAUCAAUGGAGCCGAGCAGAAUGAGUUUACCCGACUGCUACAAGAGGGCAUUGAAGAGGAUUGUGUUUACAAGAGAUCCGAGGCUGUGGGGAAACUCAUCCAGAGGCGACUUCUUAAGGAAGAUGCUUUACAUCGUGGCUGGAUCCUAUUUAAUUAUCCCAAUAACAAAUGUGAGGCCAAGGAGCUCUUUGAGGGCUUCACUGUGCCACCAAAUAAGUUCAUCUUUCUGCAAAUCGAUGAACGCAUGGCCAGGAUGAGGAUCCUGGUCAAUAGCUACUCCCCAGGACCUCAGUCCAACAUCAGUUACCUGGAUCGACAGAUGCAACAGUUCCGUAAGAGUGAACCUGCCAUGAACAUCUAUCUUAGCCAACGCCGUGAGGUGAUCUAUGUGGAUGCCACACCUUGUUUCGAGGAGGUCAAAUGCCAAAUUGUCUCUCAACUCACCAAGACGCCCUACGUUCUGGGCAAGAAAUAUGCCGAGGCCAAUUUCGUAAUCUGAAUUCGAUUCAAAGCAAAGUGCUUUGGCUCCCAAAAUUGACUAAAAAUGUGUGUUUGAAAGUCCUUUUCUCUGAUUACUCUCGUUAUUAUUAUUAUUUGCUCAAGUGUCUGA